CAACCUUCUUUCCGUGCAAUAUACAUCCAAUAAGAUGUACAUGUUCUUAUUUUCCAGACUUCAGACUUUGUACUCCAAUAAGAAACAUGUCUUGGAGAACGAAUGCACUGCAUCGCCUCUACUAUUUGGGUAGAGCCUGAAGUAGAUGCGUUAAGAUCCGAACUUGCAAAUCUAAAUCAGCUGCACCGCCAUAUGAUGGGAAAGGAUCUCAGUGGAUUGGGCCUCAAAGAGUUGCAGCAUUUAGAGCAUCAACUGGCAGAGGGGAUAUUAUCUGUUAAGGAUAUGAAGGAGAAAAUCCUAUUCAAGCAGCUUGAGAAUUCAAGAUUGCAGGAAGAAAAGAUUAAGAUCGAAAACCAAAAGUUGCGCAAAGAGAUUGAAGAGCUCCGAGGCAACUUCAUGCCAUAUCAAGAAGACCAUUUGCCUGAAAAGAAGUGUUGGGCUAGCUUAAGACCAAUUUGUGAUUGCCGAUCAAGUGACCAUUCACCUGAGAAGAAGUGCUGGGCAAGCUUAAGAGCAAUCUGUGAUUGCAGAUCAAGUAGAGAAGAAAAUCUAGACCAUAUCGGUUACGCCUGUCAAUUGAUGAAUGUCACAAGAGGGAUAUUACCAAAGCAAGAAACAGCCUCAGAUGAUUACGUGAGAGUCUAAUGCUUUUGGAGCAAUACUUUCUUGAUUUCACGAUGAUAAAUUUAUGUUUCUCCCAUACACUCAUAAAUAUCUGAAUUCAUUGUAGCAAUAAGUCGAUGAUCGUCAA